AUGUCUCGGAGAAAUCUGCCGCAGCGGCCGAUCGAUCAGUAUCCGGGACUGCACCGAACGACUCGCCGUUUCCUUAUGAUGUUUCAUGCCAUCACCGUUGGUUCAGCACUGGGUUCUUUGUGGCUCAGCAAGAGAAAGAUGCAUACAGCUUCGCAGAUGUUGCCAGUUUCCGAAGACGAUCACCUCCCGCCUUGUGAGCCAGAUGUCAGAUAUGCGAUGCUGGAUAAGUUGCGAACUUCGUUGCUCUGUGGUGAUUGCCCGACCAUUACCUGGAAUUGUUACGCAGCUUUGACUGAUAACGAGCGCACCGUACUCUCACGGGAGGAUUUUGUUGACAUAGUACGAUCGAUUGCUAAGCAACCGGAUUCGUUCGCCGUUAAAAGAUGUCUGGAGGUGCUCCUUCACAUGUCAGUAGCCGGGUUCCCCCCAUCAAUCGAAGAAUACAGUGUAGUGAUAGGACUUUGCCGACGGGCACGAAAGUGGAAGGAAGCGGAGCGUCUAGUUGCGAGGAUGUUACAACAAGGUUUACUCAUCAAUGACAUGAUCUAUGAGGAUUUGAUGAGCAUGUACGGGGAGCUUGGAGAAGUUGAUAAGGCUACCCGGCUGUACGAAGAAAUGCUACGUCUUGGACACCAGCCUACGCUUGUAGGGAUUCCAGCCAUCAUUAAGGCCUGCGGUAAAACUGGUGCCAUAGAGCAGGCAGAAUCCAUGCUGAAGCGGCUGAAUGUGUUAGGUUUGCAGCCCAAUGUUGACAUUUAUGCUGCUCUAAUCCAUUUAUACGCCAAAGCGGGACGUCGUGUGAUCGCCAUGGAGUAUUUCGAACGAAUGAUUUCCAUUGGAUUGCAGCCAAACGUGGCGGUUUAUACUAUCUUGAUCGAUGCGUACUAUCGCGCCGGAGACCAGUUGACUGUUCGCCGUCUUCAGAAGUUGAUGAAUUUGGCUGGGAUAGAGCCGGAUGUCGUUCUUUAUGGUACUUUGAUUGCGGGUGCUGCUAGGAUGGGCGAUUUUGAGGAAGUUAGAAUGCUCUUUGACCAAUUAGCCCGGCGAGCCAUACAACCGAGCGAUAUCACUUAUGAUGGCCUUUUGGCUGGGUGCGCGCAUCAUGUGGAGCCGGAAGCGAUUGGUCAGAGCGUGGAUGCCAUGAAGAGAGCCGGUGCCGAGCCUGGAGUACGUACCUUGAAUUCGUUGCUGAUUGCACUUGGGAAGAAAGGAUAUAUUGAUAGAGCCAGCACUCUUCUGACGGCCUGGAAGAAAAGCGGCCGUGAUGUCAAUACCGUCAAUUACAACACGUUGCUCAAAAUAUAUGCGAAGGUCUUAGGGGUGUCGCGAGCACUCGAGUUAAUGGAGAGCCUUAUAGCAACUGGCUUCAAGCCCAAUGUGCGAACUUUUAACAUCCUUUUAAACAUAUCCUUAAGAUCCGGUGACCAUACAAGCUCAGACAAGGUGCUGACGGCAAUGCGUAAACGACGUGUUCCUGCUGAUACAGUGACAUACAACACCGUCAUGAGUAGUGUUACCACGUCCUCCUCCUUGGGUCCAAUCGUGGAAGAAGCUCAUCGGCGGAAGAUCAGACUCGACCGCGUAAGCUUCCAGAUCAUCCUUCGUAACUUCGCCCGCGAACGAAAUGCAGCCGGGGCCAUGAAUGUAUUCCGACUUAUGCAUUCGAUGGGCAUUCGAGCAGAUUUGAAAGCAUGGACUGCCCUAAUUGAUGCACAUGGGAAGGCGGGAGAGCUAACUAAGAUGGAAGAACUCAUGAACAUCUUACAAGGAGAAGGCUGGACGCCAGAUGCCGUCUUGUACACAUGUUUGAUCGACGCUUACGGAAGGUGCAACGACGUUGCCGGUGCAGAACGUGCAUGGACGCGCAUGAUUUCAUCAGGAUGCAAGCCCAGUAGUAAAGCGUACGCACAGCUUCUAAAAGGAUACGUUCGCGCUCGCAACUAUGGAGCCGCUUGGCAAGUAAUCAAGGACAUGCAGCUGCGUGGGGUUACCAUAGAUCGCGUUAUAUAUACCCAGCUUAUACAGUGUGCGGGCAUUGCAAGGGGCUACGAAUUCGGACGAACCAUCUUUAACGAAAUGAUUGCGUCUGGUGUGGAACCAGACAUUUACAUUUUCAAUACCCUUUUAGCUGUCGGCAGUAGAGGGGCAAGGGUGGAGGACAUGACCGCAUUACUGGGGGAAAUGUGGAGUAGGGCCAUCCAGCCGAAUUGCUUCUCCUAUCGCGCCCUUUUUAGAAGAUUUGUGGCGUCAAUGGGAGCUCCAGGAAUUGUGAGAUUACACGAGCUCCUAACGGCCGCGGAAGGCUUCACUCCGGACGAAACCUACUACCAGGAGAUGCUCAGGGCUCAUUCGAUGUGUCAGGACGCGGACGGCAUGGCAGAAACAUGGUCCAAUAUGAUUCAGUGUGGAAUUCAGCCAACGGCAAGUUUAUUGUCCACAUGUCUAAGUGGGGCCGUAAAAUGUGGAUUGCCUGACACUCUGGUCCAGAUAUGGAAACCAUACCUGGAUUCACAAGAGCAUAUGGCGUUGCAUUCGCGGAAGGGAGUCUCUGUUUGA